AUCAUCUACGGGGUACAGUAAGGUAUACAAUAGAUGGACGGGGGCGAGAAUGUACCGUAGGUGACCCUUUUUUGCUCUCAUACUUCACUCAUUAUUAUUACUCUGCUCUCCUUUACACACCUACCAGCCUCAAAACACUGGUGGACGGAGCCCUGGAAAAUCAUGACUACCAAUUCGCCAAGCUACGAGGUCGAUGGCGACCUCGAAAAGAAGGCGCCUGCUCUUGCAGACGCCAUUCGGUCUGGCUCGGUACCAGAAACCAUCCUCAAGCAUGCUCACGACGCAGAUGAAGCCAUGAAGGCCUUUGAGGGCCAUGCUGGUCAAGUCAUUCACAUUGACGAAGCCACGAACAAGCGGUUAUGCAGGCUCAUCGAUUGGAAUCUCAUGCCUAUCAUGUGUACCAUCUACGGUCUCCAAUUCCUCGACAAGACCACUUUAUCCUACGCCUCGAUUAUGGGGCUACAAACGGACAUCAACCUCGUUGGAGACAACUACCAGUGGCUAGGUAGCAUGUUCUAUUUCGGAUACUUGGCUUGGGAAUACCCUACUAACCGACUGUUACAACGCCUCCCCCUCGGAAAGUACUCGGCGACAUGCAUCAUCCUCUGGGGUCUUGUUCUCGCUUGCUUUGCUGCCGCCAAGGACUUCUCAGGAGCCGUGGCAAUUCGAUUCUUCUUGGGCGUGACUGAAGCUGCUGUCACUCCUGGCUUCGCACUCUUGACAAGUCAAUGGUAUACAAAAGCUGAGCAAGGCCUCAGGACGGGUAUAUGGUUCUCCUUCAAUGGUGUUGCACAGAUAGUAGGAGGGCUCGUAGCCUACGGCAUUGCAGUCGGAACCGCCAACCAUCCGGCGAGUUUGGCAGGCUGGCAGAUCUUGUUCCUCGCAACAGGACUGGUGACUUCAGCUGUCGGAGUCGUAUUCUUAUUCACAGUACCGGACAACCAGUUGAAUGCUCGAUGGCUGAGCAAAGGAGACCGGGUGCUGGCCUUGGAACGGAUUCGAGUCAAUCAGCAAGGAGUGGGCAACAAACAUUUCAAGAUGUAUCAAUUUUGGGAAGCCUUGACCGACCCAAUGGUGUGGGGCUUCGUGCUAUACGCACUUGUUGCAGACAUUCCGAAUGGCGGCAUCACCAACUUCUUCAGCCAACUGAUUACAUCGUUUGGCUACACGAAACAGCAAUCGCUGCUCUACGGCACUCCUGGUGGUGCAGUCGAAGUCGUAGCUCUUAUCGUCACAGGUUGGUUGGGCGACAGACUCGGCAGCAGAAUUCUCACUUCCUCCGGAGGAAUGAUACUGGCCAUUCUCGGAAUGGCAUUAAUUGUUGGCCUCCCACUCGAAGGCUACAACAAGGGUCGACUAGCAGGAUACUACUUGACCCAAGCGAGCCCAACUCCAUUUGUAUGUUUCCUUUCACUAAUCUCUUCGAAUGUCGCUGGAUAUACGAAAAAGACGACCACGGCGGCCAUGUACCUCAUUGCGUACUGUGUGGGCAACAUCAUCGGACCUCAAACUUUCCGCCCGUCGGAUGCGCCACGUUACGUCUCGGCAGAGGUGACCAUUUUGGUUUGCUAUUGUGUAUGUUUGCUCAUCAUGGCUUUCCUCUACUGGUGGAGCCGAGUCCAGAACUCCAAGAAAGCUGCAAUUCGCGCACGGCCGGGAUACGAAAAGUUGGAGAAUCAGGAGUGGUUGGAUCUUACUGAUCGUGAGAAUCCUGAGUUUAACUAUGUGCUAUGAGAGUGGGUUUUUAUACAGAGGCUGGAGAAAGUGAACUGUUCUAUAAUGAAAUGUUUUUUCUUCCUCGUCUUGCUC